GUGAAGUUAACUAUCAACUGUCAUACUGUCAAUAUCCGCAAUGUUAAUUUGUUAUGGCCACAAAUUUCGAUAGUCUUUAAUUUUGAAAUUAAAAUGGGUGGUUCUACAAGUAAAACUAGAAAAUUAACUGUUGAAAAUGACGACCCAAAUAAUGUGAUUAAAGUAUCUGAAGAUGUUGUUGAUCGUCUACGAGGGAACCAAACGGUAAGACAAGAAUUACAGAAGAAUCAAACCGCAUUUCCCCCACAAGGAACUCCAGUCAUUACUACACCAUACUUUUUGAAUGAACCUAGUCUAACCACACUUCAACUUCGGCAGCAAAAUGUAGCAGAACUGAAGAAAAAUGAUGAAUAUUGGGAAAACAGAAUAAGAGCGUUGGAAGCCAGUCAUAAGAAGAUGAAUGAAAUCAUGGAUAAGGAAUAUAAUAAAGCAGUAGAACAAUUCCAAGGAAGCAAGACAGUUGUAAAAGAAAAAAGUCUACCACCUUGUACAGAAUCGGAAAAAGCAGUGAUGGAAUGUUAUCAGUGCUACCCAAAUGAAUCGAUGAGAUGUUCGAAGAUAGUCCAGGCUUUUCAAGAAUGUGUGGAUAUGAGAAGAUCCUGUUUACUAGCAAACAGAGGAUGAAGAAGCGAAAUGAGUUGUUCAUCUUUUAGUGAUCAUUUUUAGGUUGUUUUUAUGUAAAUAUGAAAUGCCAAUAAAUUCGUAUCAAUUGCCUUUAUAUUAACAAUAUCUUAUUUUGGGAGGGGGUUAUUGUGUGUAAUAAAUGUUACAUUGAG